UAGCCAUUCCACACCUUCCUUGUUCACACUGAAACUUGGAACAUAUUAGCUGUUCUUCAAAGAAGAAGGAGGGCAGAGAAGCUUUAACCAUGGAGAAGAGCCUAGUAUCGGUGUUGCUUUUGCUCAUUGCUGUCUCGUAUACCCUAGCUAAAGACACUACCACUACCAAAAAUGAAAGAAAGGACACAAAACAAUCAAAAGAGACCCGCCCAAAACUACCACAGACCCUUUCCAGAGGCUGGGGAGAUCAACUUAUCUGGACUCAGACUUAUGAAGAAGCUCUCCAUAAAGCUAGGACAAACAACAAACCUAUAAUGAUCAUCCACCACUUAGAAGAGUGCCCUCAUAGUCAAGCACUGAAGAAGGUAUUUGCUGAACACAAAGAGAUACAGAAAUUGGCUGAGCAGUUUAUUCUCCUCAAUCUUGUUUAUGAAACCACAGACAAACAUCUCUCACCAGAUGGCCAGUAUGUUCCCAGAAUCCUGUUUGUAGAUCCUUCACUGACAGUUAGAGCAGAUGUUACUGGAAGAUAUUCAAACCGCCUCUAUGCUUAUGAGCCUUCAGAUAUCGCAUUAUUGUAUGCAAAUAUGCAGAAAGCUCUGAAGCUGUGGAAGACUGAAUUGUAAGGAAAGAAGACAGACAAGCUCUCAGGUCUUCCACCUCCAGCUCAGCCUACUGAAUGUGUAGGUUAGCCUUGGAUAUACAUAUCAAAAACUCACACUAUGCACAACUUCCUACAGGAUAACUGUGUUAUAAAUACUCAUUUGUAACUGUGUGGUAUUAUAUAUUGAUUGCUUUUAUAAAAUAAGAAUAAAAACACUAUGCUGUUUUCUAUAAAUCAAAAUAAAAAAAACACUU